GCUGGCCACACCCUUUCUUUCUUCUCUUGUGUUCUUCAUUCGCGCGAAGCCGUAGCUCGAAGUAGCUACGAUAGAUCAAUACCCGUCAUGUCUCGCCUGAAUAUUCUCGACUACGCCUACCGCACGGUCACUUUUUCGUGUGUGGCUGUUGGCGCAUGGGCUAUCUAUGCCGGGUGGACCGUGCAUUCCGACACUCUCAGGAGAGGAAGAGAGCUCAUGGAACGACACGCGAAAGACAAGGACUUCAAGCUAGAAGUCAAGAAGAAGGAGGAGGCGAGGGAAGAGCUGCUUGCGAAGCAGGCUGUUAGCAACGUGUACGGCCUGAAUUCCUAGGUUGCCGGGGUCACUGCACAACUGCCGGCGUCGCUUGUACAGCAUGACGAUCCAGGGCGUGCGCUGUGUAUAGAUAGGUGUGCGGUCCUUGUCCGUACGCCACGUCCGACCGCCCGCGCCUGUCGCAUACUUCGCGGCGGUCAUGGUGUAGAACAAAAGCCGAGUAUGCGAAUACACCUCUGCUCACUGCUCAACUUCUUGCCGCGCCCCGAGGCCUUGAAGGUCGAGUGCAAUGGCACGCUUCGUGCUUGCUCACGUUGUUGGCAUAAGGGUUUGGUCUGGCGGUGACAGGUUCAGGGCUGUCCAUAAUUACGGCGUUGAUGAUUAAUUAGCACUGUCCCGC